CGCUAGGACCCGGCGGGCGUGGGCUGCGGCGGGGCCUGGGCGGCCGGAGCAGCGCGGACCCCGGCUCUCGGCUCCCGGCGCCAUGUGAGGGGGCUCGGGGGCCGCGGGGGGCCGGGCGCUCCCCGGGGGAGCGUGGCCAGGAGGAUUGGGUGAGUGCGUGAUGCAUAGUGUGGCUCCCUGCACGCCUUCCUCGAUAUUAGAGGGAAGUGGCUAAGCCAGGUGUCCAACAAGGGGCAGCAUUUAAGCUGAAGGUGAGGCAGGCCUUCAACAAUGAAUACCCACAAGACUCACAGCUACUGUCAGGCACUGACCCAGCACUUGCAAGCUCCUUGCUUCCCUUGCCGCAGCUGCUUGAAUCCUUUCAACAACCCCGUGUGACCCCACAUCCCUGCCCCCUGGGCCACCUGCAGGACGCCGGCCCCUGCCCCUCAGCAGACGCCGGAGAGAGAUGAGUAGCAGCAAAGAGCAGCGGUCAGCAGUGUUCGUGAUCCUCUUUGCCCUCAUCACCAUCCUCAUCCUCUACAGCUCCAACAGUGCCAAUGAGGUCUUCCAUUAUGGCUCCCUGCGAGGCCGCACCCGCAGGCCUGUCAACCUCAAGAAAUGGAGCAUCAGCGACGGCUACGUCCCAAUUCUUGGCAACAAGACGCUGCCCUCCCGGUGCCACCAGUGUGUGAUUGUCACCAGCUCUAGCCACCUGCUGGGAACCAAGCUGGGCCCUGAGAUCGAGCGAGCCGAGUGCACAAUCCGCAUGAACGACGCGCCCACCACAGGCUACUCAGCCGACGUAGGCAACAAGACCACAUUCCGUGUGGUAGCCCAUUCCAGUGUAUUCCGUGUGCUGCGGAGGCCCCAGGAAUUCGUCAACCGGACCCCCGAAACUGCGUUCAUCUUUUGGGGCCCCCCAAACAAGAUGCAGAAGCCCCAGGGCAGCCUUGUGCGUGUCAUCCAGCGGGCAGGCCUGGUGUUCCCCAACAUGGAGGCCUAUGCCGUCUCUCCCGGCCGCAUGCGCCAAUUUGACGACCUCUUCCGGGGUGAGACGGGCAAGGACAGGGAAAAGUCCCAUUCGUGGUUGAGCACCGGAUGGUUCACCAUGGUGAUUGCAGUGGAGUUGUGUGACCACGUGCACGUCUAUGGCAUGGUCCCCCCUGACUACUGCAGCCAGCGGCCCCGUCUGCAACGCAUGCCCUACCACUACUAUGAGCCCAAGGGACCGGAUGAGUGUGUCACCUACAUCCAGAAUGAGCACAGCCGCAAGGGCAACCACCACCGCUUCAUCACGGAGAAGAGGGUCUUCUCAUCCUGGGCCCAGCUGUAUGGAAUCACUUUCUCCCACCCCUCGUGGACCUAGGCCACCCUGCCUGUGGACCCCUCCUAAGGGACACAGGAGAGGCCUCUCUCCUGCCAGCCACUCAACCAAGGGCCGUCUCCUGGCCAAUCAAGGCUGGUCGGAGCGUCUUCUGGCCAAUCAGGGCCUUGUCGGGGGUAGUAUCCUCUGGCCAGCCAAGGCCCGGGGGUAUCUCUUGACCAAUCAGGGAUUUGAGCUUCUAUGUGGUUAAUCAGGGGUGUUGGGGGUAUUUCUCGUCCAGUCAGGGUCUGAGCAUAGUCAAUCAGGGUAUUUCUGAAGUUAUCUGAGGCUAAGGACAUGUGCUUUCCCAUGAGUCCUUGGUCCAGAGCCCCAGGAUGGACCUCCAGUCACUCCCUGUGGCUGGGACGGUGAGGUCCUGUCCUGAGGAGCUGGGAACUUUGUGUUGCUCCCUCACUUCCCAGAGCCGGAAAGAGAAGCUGCAUGGGAGUGGGGCUGUCUGGAGGGCAGGCCAGACCAUUUGGGGGGUUGUGGGGGAUCCUAGAGGUGGGAGCCAGCAUCCGGGUCUUGGCUCUGCCCUGAGUGGCUUUGGACAAAACCCUUGCCCCCUCUCUGGUCGCCCUUCUGCCCGUGUCAGGUUCUAACGUGGAGUCUGAGACCCCCUCCCACUUUCCCCAUUGACCUCCUUGGGUCUGUCCUCCCUGAGACUGGACCCCUCCAGCCACCACCUUUGGCUGGGGGGCUCAGCUCCCUGGGGGACUGGGGUUCCCUUCCUCACCUCCUUCUGGAAACUUAAGGGUAUUUUUGCGCAAACUCCCACAGAGUUUGGGGGGAAUCUAACAGGAAAGGGAUAAACCUUCAGCUGUUUUCUUAGUCCCUCCACUCAGCUGCCAUUAGUUUGGCUCUUAAAGAGCCAGGCUCCCUUUUCUGCCAUCCAGCAGUGAGGAUUUCUACCUAUUGGAGGAGACUUUGGGGCUGAGGAGGGGGGAGUCCCAGCCAAACUGGGGUUUCACAUAGCCCCUUUGCAGCUGCUGUAGUUGUCCAAGGGCCUCCCCUCCGCUGGGCCUGGGAGGGCUCUAGGGGGCCAGGAGCUGUGUUGCCUGGGUUCUGUCCCCUCACUCUACAUCAGGCACUUUAUUGCUGGACCUCAGUGGGGUGGGUUCGCCCCUGCUCUUCCAGAGCCUGGAAGGGAAGACUGGAGGGCUUCCUGGAGGAGGCUGUGGAGUGGGAGGGGUUAGAGGGAGAAGGAAGAGGCCAGCAGCAAGCCUUUGCACAUUGGGGUGGGGGCUGGGGACCGGCAACUACCCCAGACUUGGUUUUGUAACGAUUUGUACAGAAUAAAUGCACCUAAGCUCUGGUUCCGUUUCCUGUGUCUCUCAGAUCCAGCUUGACUCCCUCUGGCCUGGCUGUGGGCUUCCUCAGGACAGUGCCCACACCCUCCAGCCAGCCUGGAAGUUCAUACACAGGAUGGCCAGCUCCUUCAACCGGCCAGUGAGUCAUGCGUUUUGCAGCUUGGGUGGAGACCUGGCAGCCCCAGAGGUGUGUGGGGUUCCUGGAGCCAAGCCCACCUGGCUUUUCUGGUCCCUCCUCUCCCUUCCUGUGUGACCUCAGGCACAUCACUUCCCCUCUCAGAGCCCUGGCUCCCUCAUGGGUGCGACAGGUCCAGACACUGCUCUUGAGGUUCUAGGGAGGGGAGGGGCCGUGUGGCAGUUCUGUCCCAGACAGGCCGCUGAGGGUGGUAAGGACUACGAGACAAUGACACAGGGCACUCUGAAGAGGUGACGUGCUUCCCUUCCCUUCCCUUUGAGGCCUGAAGGAGGAGGAAGAGACCUGCGGAAGUUUGGGGGAGGUGUUUCUGGCAGGGAGCAGUUGGGGGGGGUGGAGAAUGACAUCUGUCACAGAGAGCAGCUGGGGGGCACUGGAGAGAGAGAGCACAUUGAAAGGGAGAGGACAGACGGGGCUCAGAGGUUGACUCUAGGGCCUGGGGACACUGAGGGCAGGGAGUGGAAAUUUCCCGCGGGGCCCAGUGGGAAGAAGGCCGCAGGGCUGCAGCCCUGGGAGGGGCCUGGUGAGUCCUGGACCGCGUGAGGCA